AUGCGCUCUUCCCCCCUCGACAAAAACACCCGGGAAGGAGGGCCGAGAACACCGAACGGAUUCCCCAGAGCCGCCAGGAUUCGACUCAUUUCAGCGGGGGACGAGAGGCCCGCGCCCGGCGACGCGGCAGCGGGGAAGCCCGCCGUGGCUAGCAUGAAGCGGACGGCCGGUGUGACCAGGCACAAUGGCCUCGUCUCUCCGCUGGGGAACAACAACUCCGGGGCCUCCUGCAACAUCGCCCCCCCGCCGCAGCAGCAGCGCUCCGGCGCCGCCGCCGCCUCGGACGCCGCCGCGUCCGCGGUGGCAGCGGCCGUGGGGGCGGCGGACGGCCUGCUGGACUACUCGAAGGGGGGGGCCGUCAUCAAGACCGAGCUGGUGUGCAAGUGGACCGAGAGGGAGCGAACUUCGUCCAGACAAAAGCAGCUCGACAGGCGGACCCCCUGCGACCAAAGUUUCGGCUCCAUGCACGAGCUGGUGGACCACGUCACCGCGGAGCACGUCGCGGCCGGGCUCGAGUCCCCUCUCUCGAGCCAUGUGUGCAUGUGGGACGAGUGUCUGCGGGGGGGCAAGGCGUUCAAAGCCAAGUACAAACUCAUCAACCACAUCCGCGUGCACACGGGCGAGAAGCCCUUCACCUGCGCCUUCCCCAGCUGCGGGAAGAUGUUCGCGCGCUCGGAGAACCUCAAGAUACACACGCGCACCCACACGGGAGAGAAGCCCUUCCAGUGUGAGUUCUGCGAGCGACGGUUCGCCAACAGCAGCGACCGCAAGAAGCACUCCCAGGUGCACACGGCCUCCAAGCCUUAUGACUGCAAGGCGCUGGGCUGCACCAAGUCCUACACGCACCCUAGCUCCCUGCGCAAGCACAUGAAGGUCCACGUCAAGUCCUCGCCUACCUCCGACCCCAGCGACCCCUACGACCCCGUCCUGCGCCCGCGCUGCCUGCAGCCCCACCAAAACCCCUUCGAGCCGCUGGACCUGAAGAUGAACCACCACCACCACCACCACCUGCACCCCCUGUCCCCCUCCCUGCUCGACACUAAGCCCUACUUCCCCUCCCGGCCCGACGGCUUCCAGCGCCAGGAGCUGGACCAGAUGCUGCGGCUGCGGAGCGCGUCGCCCACGGCCGUGCCCCUGGACCUGUCGCUGUCGGGCCUGAUGAAGAGCCGCCUGGCCCAGCAGAAGCAGGGCGCCCGCGGCCAGCGGCGCUGCCUACCUCAGGUGUCGAACAUUAAGGAGUGGUACGUGUGCACGCGCACCGCCGUGCACCAGGAGUUCCCCCUUCUCAACCCUGAGGACAUCAAAUCAGAGCCCAGCGACGAGGAGUACAACACGUAGGGCCCCGUGGCCCGCGGCCUGGCCGCGGCGGACUCGGUGAACGCGUGGAGGAGGGCCGGCCGGGAGGGUCCGGAUCCCUCUGCUGGACUUCAUAUCAGGGGCUUCAUGUCCUCGGCUCAGGGGGACCGGGGACCUACCGUGGUGUGAUUGUGUGUGCGUAGU